CUGCGUCAGCAAGCAAUGGGUCAUUUUAAUGCACUUGGUAGUGAUGAUUUCUGCUUCCUUCUUUCAACUCGGGCAGGUGGCCUAGGUAUCAACCUUGCAACAGCAGAUACAGUUAUCAUAUUUGAUUCGGACUGGAACCCUCAAAAUGACCUACAGGCAAUGAGUAGAGCUCAUAGAAUCGGCCAACAAGAAGUUGUGAACAUCUACAGAUUUGUCACAAGAAAAAGUGUUGAGGAAGAUAUCUUGGAGCGAGCUAAGAAAAGAUGGUUCUUGACCACCUGGUGAUCCAGAAAUUGAAUGCAGAAGGCAGAUUGGAGAAGAAAGAAG